AUGCUUCAGGUUAUUGCUGUUCUCGCGUUCUUUGCUUUGACCAUAGACUAUGUCUAUAUGCUAUGGCGGCGCCGAUACCUCCCUCCAGGACCGUUUCCAUUACCUAUCUUUGGAAACCACUUCCAAACACCUUCGCACAAGCCAUGGAUUUCGUGGGAGAAAUGGGCUCAGUACUACAACUCACCUAUGAUCACACUCUGGAUCGGACGGCAUCCGCGCAUUGUAUUGAGCGAUGCCUGGGUCGCGAGCGAUUUGCUGGAGAAGAGGUCAGAUAUCUUCUCGAGCAGACCGAGAUUGAUCGCUAUGGGCGAUGCGAUCAACGCUACUAAUACAAAUCAAACUACUUUAGUAUAUGGUGAUCGAUGGAGGAAACAUCGAAAGCUCAUGCACAUGGCUGUUGGCUCUCAAGCCGUACGUAAAUAUCGUACUUUCCAAGCGCACGAGUCUGCUAUCCUAGUCCGCGACUUCCUCCUUGAGCCACAAGAUUUCGAGCUCUCCAUCGAGCGGUACUCUGUAUCCGUUACCUCAAUUGUAGGCUGGGGUCGGCGUGUCGACCGCAAGAACGACUAUGUCGCUCAACAAGCUCUCAAACUCAUGGAAGCCGUCAACUUCGUCGUCCCUGGCAUCUAUCUCAUGGAAGCUGUUCCGUUCCUGAUGCACUUGCCUGCUUGGUUAUACGCGUUGCCAAGUCAGAUGCGACUGGGUGCUAGCGUUUUGUCACGCUACUUUUACUUACUCACACAAGAAGGCGCCGAGGCAGAAGAACACAACUUUGGCAAGCACGUCAUGGCCUCUCAGCAAGGCAGCGAUAUUACGGAUGUGGAGGUUGCAAGCCUCAUGGGCAACCUGAUUGGUGGUGGAGUAGAUACAACCAGCAGCACCAUGAUGUCGUGCAUCUUGGCAAUGGCACGCUUUCCAGAAGUGCAAAAAAAAGUUCACGCUGAGUUUGAUGCAGUUAUUGGAACUGAUCGCUCUCCAAGCUGGGAGGACAUCGACUCGAACGCGCUUCCAUACAUGACUGCCGUGGUCAAAGAGGCGCUUCGAUGGAGAACUGUCACUAUAUUAGCUGGCAUUCCUCAUGCUAAUACUGUCAACUUUGAUUACCAAGGCUACCAUUUCCCAGCUGGCACUAACUUUACUGGUAACAUGUGGGCUAUCCACAGACAUCCACGCGACUUUCCCGAUCCAGACAGGUUCAUACCAGAGAGAUUCCUCGAGGGCGAAGGCAGUGCGAAACAACCGUACCCGAACAAGUAUGGUAUGAAUCCUUUCGGUUGGGGACGUAGACAGUGUAGCGGCCAGCCGCUUGCCGAACAAGGCCUUCUCUACUCCCUCGCGCGAAUGAUGUGGGCCUUUAAUAUCCUGCCAGGUCUUGACGAGCAUCACAACGAAGUCAAAUUGGACAUAUUCGCCUACACCAACAGCGAGAAUAUGCGACCGGAGCCUUUCCAAGUGCGCUUUAUUCCACGCUCAGACGCGAUCAAGAAUCUGCUAUUAGAUGAGGCUGGAGAAGCACGGGAGUCGGUCUUCCCGGCGCAGCUAUGUCACAGCUCAAUGAGGACAAUCAGCACUAACACCAGUCUGCGCUUCGCGUCCAGCUUGAACUCCUCUUCUGACUGGGCCUCGCUGAUCGAUCCGUACAAUCUCCGUCUCAAAUACAUUCCCACUGCUGUCACUCUACCGACCACUCCUCAGCAGGUUUCUGAUAUUGUUGUGUGUGCUGCAGCAGCCGGUGUGAAAGUGCAGGCAAGAUCGGGGGGUCAUUCGUACGGCAGCUUCUCGCUCGGCGGAAAGAAUGGCAGUCUGGUGGUAGACUUGCGGAACUUCAACACCAUUUCUCUCGAUAACUCGACUGGCAUUGUGACCGUCGGAGGAGGUGCUCGUCUUGGCAAUCUUGGCUUGGGUAUAUACAACCAGGGCCAAAGAGCGCUCCCACACGGAACUUUCCCAGGCGUGGGAAUCGGCGGACAUUACACCCAUGGGGGUUUUGGCUAUUCAUCUCGUCGUUGGGGCCUCGCACUUGACACAAUCGUAGCCAUGGAUGUCGUCUUGGCAGACGGUCGUCUUGUGCAUGUCACGCCAGCAAGCUAUCCCGACUUGUACUACGCCCUGCGAGGUGCUGCAGACAGCAUCGGUAUCAUCACAACGUUCCAUCUCCAGACGCAGCCGGCGCCGGCUCAAGUCGUGAGCUACGCGUCCAACUUCUCGACAGCUCUGAAGACAGCCGAUGCGGCGGCAGAUAUCGUUUUUAAGCUUCAGACCUUCGUCACCACCUCGCCAUACGUCAAUCGCAAUCUUACACUCGAGGUUUAUACAAGCAUUUUUGGCGAGUUCAGUGUCCGCGGAUGGUACUUUGGGGAUCUAGAUCACUUUACCCAAACGGUCUUUCCAGCAAUGCUUAGCGGAAUGCCAACGCCUGAUAACACUACUGUCCAGGAGUACGGCUGGCUAACGGCACUGGAGAACAUAGCUGAGGGCGAGCCGCUCCGCGAGCCACUGACCGGCUACAACAAUCACCAGACCUUCUACACCAAGUCUGUCGUGACAAGGGAGGCCAAGCCAUUGAGCAAAGUGGCUCUGGCGAGCUAUUUCCGGUACAUAAUCGACAAGGGGUUCACCGCAGCCUUUCCUUGGAACACCUUCAUCUCGCUCUAUGGUGGCAAGGACAGCCAGAUCAAUACGCCUGCGGCCGAUUCUGCCGCCUACUCUCAUCGAGACUCUCUGUGGGUAUUCCAGAAUAUCGGCUCCAGCGCAGAUCGCUUACCGCCGUUCUCGCCAGAAAUCACGACUUUUGUUGACGGCCUCAACGCAGCACUCACUGACGCGCAACCCGACGGCGACUUCCUAGCCUAUCCGAACUACCUCGAUCCAGCACUGACACCUGCGGAGGCUGCGGACCUCUACUAUGGCCCUGCGACCUAUGGUAAGCUCGUCAAGAUCAAGGGUGACGUCGAUCCAGGGGCUGUCUUUUGGAAUCCUCAGGCGAUCGGAAACGCUGUUUUGACUCUCGCACUGGUUUUCCCCUGGGCUACCUCCAAUGUCUCCUCGGCGUUGUUCCGCGUGAUUUCUGUCGAUGUUCGAAGAGCCCUCUCUAUCCUGCCAUAUCAUCCUGUAUACGGCUAA